CUCCACGAGGGGGGAAUAAAUAUGGCGGCGCUCGGCACAGCACGGCAUUUAUUUUCAUGCUGUUAUCAUCUGAACACUGUUCAGAGGAGCAAGCAAAUAUUUAGAAAAUGUAACGUACGGAAUCUUUGCAGUAUAACACAAGAUAGCGGCCCAUUGGACAUGGUAAAGCCCCAGUUCACAGAUCCAGAUGUGCAGGACAUCCUCACCAGGAUAACAGGUCUGGACCUCGAGAAAGUGUUCCAACCCAUUCAGCAGAAACUGAAACCACCCACUUACAAACUCAUGACUGAUGAACAAGUAAAAAAGGCCAUCAAGGUAGCCACAUAUAAGGCGAAGAAGCUACUGGAGAUGCCACCCGUCCUUCCGGAGAGGAAACCCAUCAGUGAUGUGCUGUGUAUAGACAAGACACUAGAUGGCAUGGACACAGCUAAAUAUGUCUUCACAGACAUCACCUUCACUGUCCCACACAGGGAGCGAUUCAUUGUUGUAAGGGAGCCUGAUGGAACCCUGAGGAAGGCAACCUGGGAAGAGAGGGACCGGCUAAUUCAGGUCUACUUCCCCAAGGAGGGACGCAAAAUUAUACCACAUCUCAUCUUCAAGGAGGAGAAUCUGAAGAGGGUGUUUGCUGACGAUCGACAUAAGGAUGUGUUAGAUCUGUGCUUGGUCCAAUUUGAACCAGAUUCUUCAGAAUACAUCAGGGUACACACAGCCACUUAUGAGGACAUGGACAAGCAUGGCAAAUACGCACUGCUUCGCUUUACCAGACACUUUGGAGGCAUGGUCUGGUACCUGGUCAAUGCACGCAGGGUGGAUGGCCUCAUUGUGGACAUGCUGAAGAAAGACCUGCUCCAGGAUGCGGUGAGCCUUGUCGAUCUGUUCCACAAGGUUUACCCCCAGAGUGAGUCGGCUCAGGAGGCUGCCAGCCAGCAGGCCACUGGCACUGACCUGCUAAAGAUCUUUGCCCAGAAAGAGUCCCAGAGGUCAGGCUACAUUGAAUUGGCCCUGCAGUCGUAUGAACAGAUGGAUGUUAAGACUUCUACCGCCUAGCUCUCCACCCCCACACAGAAACCUUUUAAUUCUUUGUCAGUGAGGAAUGUUACACACAACCAGAGGA